CCUGCGACAGCUCAGUCGGGCGGCGGUUUGUUUUGGUAGAUGAAUGAAAACCACUCACUGUGUUAUUAUUUUGAUGCUUUAAUCAGGUGAAUCAACAUGAUCCACGAGCUCUUACUGGCGCUAAGUGGAUAUCCGGGCACGAUCUUUACAUGGAAUAAACGAACAGGUUUGCAGGUGUCCCAGGAUCUGCCCUUUCUUCACCCGAGUGAGACCAGUGUCCUCAACCGGCUGUGUAAAUUGGGCUCUGAUUACAUACGCUUCACUGAGUUCAUAGAGCAGCACACCGGUCAUGUUCAUCAACAAGAACAUCACACAAACCAGCCCAACCAGACGGGACUUCAUGGAAUCUAUUUGCGGGCGUUUUGCACAGGUUUGGACUCCAUGCUGCAGCCGUACAGGCAGGUUCUGCUGGACCUCGAACAAGAGUUCCUUGGAGAUCCACAUCUGACAAUAUCACAUGUAAACUACAAGCUCGAUCAGUUUCAGCUGCUGUUUCCCUCUGUCAUGGUGGUGGUAGAGACAAUAAAAUCACAGAAGAUUCAUGGCUGUCAGAUCCUGGAGACGGUGUACAAGCACAGCUGUGGGGGGCUUCCUCCUGUACGCAUGGCCUUAGAAAAGAUUCUGGCUGCAUGCCACGGCGUUAUGUACAAACAGCUAGCAGCUUGGAUGCUGCACGGAUUACUAUUGGACCAAAAUGAGGAGUUUUUUGUGAAGCAGGGUCCCAGUGCAGGAGGUGCUGCUGCCAACCAGGAGGAAGAGGAGGAAGACCUGGGAUUAGGAGGCUUGAGUGGGAAACAGCUCAGAGAGUUACAGGACCUGAGGCUGAUUGAAGAGGAGAACAUGCUGGCUCCUUCUCUUCAGCAGUUCUCUCUGCGAACAGAGAUGCUUCCGUCUUAUAUUCCCAUCCGAGUGGCUGAGAAGAUCCUCUUUGUGGGAGAGUCUGUUCAGAUGUUUGAAAACCACAACCACAGCCCAUCCAGAGCUGGCUCCAUACUGAAACACCAGGAGGACAUGUUUGCAGCUGAGCUGCACAGACUCAAACAGCAGCCUCUUUUCAGCUUGGUGGACUUUGAAAAUUUAAUCGAUCGCAUCAGGAGCACCGUGGCAGAGCAUCUGUGGACAUUGAUGGUGGAGGAGGCAGACCUGCUUGAACAGCUCAAGAUCAUUAAAGACUUCUACUUGUUGGGCCGUGGCGAACUCUACCAGGUUUUUAUUGACCUGGCGCAGCACAUGCUGAAGACGCCUCCGACAGCUGUUACUGAGCACGACGUCAACGUGGCCUUCCAGCAAGCGGCUCAUAAGGUGCUGCUGGACGAUGACAACCUCCUGCCUCUGCUGCACCUCACUGUGGACUACCAGGGCAAAGACAGCAAAGAGGCGUCAUGCACCAGAGAUGGAGCCACUCCCCCUCAGGACACCUCUCCUCGAGAGGUUCCUCCCACCGGCUGGGCGGCUCUGGGCCUCAUCUACAAGGUCCAGUGGCCGCUGCACAUCCUCUUCACUCCUGCUGUCCUGGAGAAGUACAAUGUUGUGUUCAGGUACCUGCUGAGCGUGCGGCGGGUUCAGUCACAGCUGCAGCACUGCUGGGCUCUUCAGAUGCAGCGGAAACACCUCAAGUCCAGCCAGACGGAUGCUAUUAAGUGGAGACUGCGCAACCACAUGGCAUUCUUGAUUGACAACCUGCAGUACUACUUACAGGUGGAUGUUCUGGAGUGCCAGUUCUCUCAGCUGCUUCAGCAGAUCAACUCCACCAGGGACUUUGAGAGUAUCCGACUGGCCCACGAUCAUUUCCUCAGUAACCUCCUCGCCCAGUCCUUCAUCCUCCUGAAGCCGGUGUUCCACUGCCUGAAUGAGAUCCUGGAGCUCUGUCAGAACUUCUGCUCACUGGUCAGUCAGUGUGUUGCUUCCUUGGAUGAGAGAGGAACCGCUCAGCUGGACCUGCUGGUCAAGGGCUUCAGACGCCAGUCGUCCCUGCUGUUUAAAAUCCUGUCCAGUGUGAGGAAUCAUCAGAUCAACUCGGAUCUGGCUCAGCUGUUACUGCGACUCGAUUACAACAAGUACUACACUCAAGCUGGAGGCACCCUCGGCAGUGUUUAAGAAGAGCAGAGUGCAGAGGAUUAAGACGUGUGGUUCAUUUAUCUUCAUGUAUAGUGUAAAAAUUGCAUGUUUCUUUGGAGAAAAUAAACUUAAAACCAUUAAAAUGAAA